AAAUCCAUCAAGCUCAACAAGACCAAACUCAAGCAAUCGUUUACUCACUCUUACUCAAAACCUCUUCAUAUUCUUUCCUAGUUUAAGAACCCGACUGAAGAGAUGGCUCUUAAUGCCGCCGCCGCCGCCGCCAAGCUGGUGAAACCGAAGAACCGGCCCAGCCGGGCCUACGUCACGUUCUUGGCCGGGGCCGGCGAUUACGUGAAGGGCGUGGUUGGGCUGGCCAAGGGGCUGAGGAAGGCAAAGAGUAAGUACCCGCUUGUGGUGGCGGCCUUGCCGGACGUGCCGGAGGAUCAUUGGAAGAUACUGGUGGAUCAGGGCUGUAUCGUGAGGGAGAUCGAGCCGGUGUAUCCGCCGGAGAACCAGACUGAGUUUGCCAUGGCCUACUAUGUGAUCAACUACUCCAAGCUCAGGAUUUGGGAGUUCUCUGAGUACAGCAGGAUGAUCUAUUUGGACGGCGACAUCCAAGUCUUCGACAACAUCGACCACCUCUUCGACCUCCCGAACGGCUUCUUCUACGCCGUCAUGGACUGCUUCUGCGAGAAGACAUGGAGUCACACCCCGCAGCACCAAAUCGGGUAUUGCCAGCAGUGCCCCGACAAGGUCCAAUGGCCCGACCACGUCGGCCCGAAGCUGUCGCUUUACUUCAAUGCCGGCAUGUUCGUGUAUGAGCCAAACCUCAAGACGUACCGCGACUUGCUCGAGACGCUCAAGAUCACACCUCCAACUCCAUUUGCUGAGCAAGACUUCCUGAACAUGUACUUCAAGGACAUAUACAAACCAAUUCCCAAUGCGUACAACCUUGUGCUCGCGAUGUUGUGGCGUCAUCCUGAGAACGUCGAGCUCAACAAGGUCAGGGUUGUUCAUUAUUGCGCUGCGGGGUCCAAGCCAUGGCGGUACACGGGCAACGAAGAGAACAUGGAUAGGGAAGAUAUCAAGAUACUGGUGAAGAGGUGGUGGGACAUUUACGACGACGAGUCCUUGGACUAUAAGAACAUUGUCGCUAGAGACGAAGCUGCGAAGCGAGCGAACUUGCAGAGUUUCCUCUCGGCGCUAUCCGAGGCCGGAGUUGUGCCUUACAUGACUGCCCCGUCCGCCGCGUAGCCAUUAAACAGUUCUGGGGAUGUAAAACAAGUUUGUAGAGGGAUUUCAGUGCAUUAUGUUCAGUUUGGACUAGGCAUUUUUCUUUCUUAAGAUGAAAGGCUUGUUUUUUGUCCGCCUUUCCAUUUCCUUGAUUUCUAAGGGGGUCUGAAGUGAAUUUCUCUACUUUUUCUUCUUUUGCUUACUUUGGUAGACUGAAAAAUGUAUCUUCAGUUGUAAGAUUGCACACGAUUUCCUUUUGCUACACAUAACAUGGAGUAGAU